AUGUUCAUGAGGUACGGCUCUAACGCCAUAUUGAAGCAUUUGGGUGCAGUAGGCAGGAAUACCCUCUCCUUAAAUGGAGUUGUCAUUGGCACCAAGGCAACCAUGACUUUGAUCGCAUCCAUAAAACCCGUUGCUCACAACAACUUCUUUCGGUUUGCAUCAACUGCUUCUUAUAAAGGAGCAGAAUUACUUAAUAACUUUACAGACCAGCACGCUCACAAAUUAGCAGACGUUUCCAAAGUGUUGGUUAUUGGAUCCGGUGGUUUGUCCAUUGGACAAGCUGGAGAAUUUGACUACUCUGGAUCUCAGGCCAUCAAGGCUUUGAAGGAGGCCAACAAGAAGUCGAUUUUGGUGAAUCCUAACAUUGCAACCAAUCAGACUUCGCAUGCUCUAGCAGACGAGGUUUAUUUUCUUCCCGUUACACCUGAGUAUGUCGAAUAUAUCAUUGACAGAGAGAGACCAGAUGCCAUUCUUCUCACCUUUGGAGGCCAGACAGGUUUGAAUGUUGGUAUUGAGCUCGAUAGAAUGGGAGUCUUCAAGAAGUACGGUGUGAAAGUUCUAGGAACUCCAAUCAAGACCUUAAUUACUUCUGAGGAUAGAGAUUUGUUCGCCAGUGCGCUAAAGGAGAUUGACAUUCCUAUUGCGCAAUCUGUUGCUGUGAACACUUUGGAUGAAGCAUUAAAAGCCGCUGCUCAGAUUGGCUAUCCCGUGAUUUCCAGAUCCGCCUUUUCUCUCGGUGGUUUGGGUUCUGGCUUUGCCAAUAACGAAACUGAAAUGAGAAAUCUUGCUUCUCAAUCGCUUUCUCUUUCUCCACAAAUUUUGAUUGAAAAAUCCAUGAAGGGCUGGAAAGAGGUUGAGUAUGAGGUGGUUAGAGACAGGGUAGGUAAUUGUAUCACUGUGUGUAACAUGGAGAACUUCGAUCCAUUGGGUAUCCAUACUGGUGAAUCAAUUGUUGUGGCUCCAUCCCAGACUCUUUCCGACGAGGAAUAUCACAUGUUACGGUCUGCUGCCAUCAAGAUUAUCCGUCAUUUGGGUGUCGUUGGUGAAUGUAAUGUCCAGUAUGCCUUGAAUCCUAACAGCUUAGAGUACAAAGUCAUUGAAGUGAAUGCACGUCUUUCAAGAUCUUCUGCAUUGGCCUCAAAGGCUACUGGAUAUCCUUUGGCUUACACUGCAGCGAAGAUUGGCUUGGGAUAUACCUUACCUGAGCUUCCAAAUCCAGUUACCAAGACUACUACUGCCAAUUUUGAACCAUCCUUGGACUAUAUUGUUACUAAAAUUCCUAGAUGGGAUUUGGGAAAAUUCCAACAAGUCAAAAGAGACAUCGGUUCUUCUAUGAAGUCUGUCGGCGAAGUUAUGGCUAUUGGUAGAACAUUCGAGGAAUCAUUCCAAAAGGCCAUAAGAGAAGUUGAUCCUCAGUAUGUAGGUUUCCAAGGUGCACAGUUCGACAAUUUGGAUGACGCACUUUCUAAUCCUACCGAUAGAAGGUGGCUUGCUGUUGGUGAAGCCAUUUUGAAUCAAGGCUAUUCUGUUGAUAAGGUUCAUGACUUGACUAAAAUUGACAAGUGGUUUCUUUACAAGCUCCAGAACAUUGCUCAGGCACAACAUGGAAUGGAGAAAAUGGGAUCUUUGGAAAACCUUAAUGAGGAAACCAUUCAUGAGGCAAAGCAGCUUGGAUUUUCUGACUCUCAAAUUGCUUCCUUUGUCAAAUCAGACGAAUUAUCUGUUCGUGCCAGAAGAAAAUCGUACGGUAUUGUUCCUAUCGUGAAGAAAAUUGAUACUUUGGCUGCCGAGUUUCCAGCUAAUACCAAUUAUCUUUACACAACUUACAAUGGUACUCAGAACGACAUCGAUUUCAACGAACAUGGUACCAUGGUUUUAGGUUCCGGUGAUUACAGAAUCGGUUCAUCUGUUGAGUUCGAUUGGUGUGCCGUGUCUACUGUCAGAGCUUUGCGUGCUGCCGGUAAGAAGACCAUUAUGAUUAAUUACAACCCGGAAACGGUUUCCACAGACUUUGAUGAGGUGGACAGACUUUACUUUGAGGAACUUUCCUUUGAGAGAGUGAUGGAUAUCUACGAAUUAGAAGGCUCUGAAGGUAUUGUAGUUUCAGUUGGUGGUCAAUUACCUCAGAAUAUUGCCUUGACUCUUCAACAGCAACAUGCCAAAAUUUUGGGUACCAGCCCUGUUGAUAUCGAUAAGGCAGAGGACAGACAGAAGUUCUCGAGUAUAUUGGGAUCCAUUGGAAUUGACCAACCAGCAUGGAAAGAGUUGACUUCUGUUGAAGAGGCCAAAAAGUUUGCUGAGGAGGUGAAGUAUCCUGUCUUGGUCAGACCAUCAUACGUUCUUUCCGGUGCCGCUAUGGCCGUUAUUGAAUCUCCGGAGGAGCUAUCUUCCAAGUUACAGAAUGCUUCAAGAGUGUCAUCAGAUCAUCCUGUUGUCAUUACCAAAUUCAUCCUUGGAGCUCAUGAGAUUGAUGUCGAUGCUGUUGCUGCCAACGGUAAAGUUAUCGUGCACGCCAUAUCAGAGCAUGUUGAAAAUGCUGGUAUCCACUCUGGUGACGCCACUUUAGUGCUACCACCUCAACAUCUUGAGGAUUCAAUUUUAAAGAGGCUAAAAGAGAUCGCUGAUAAAGUUGCGGCUGCUUGGCACAUUACUGGUCCAUUCAACAUGCAAAUCAUCAAGGAAGAGAAUCCAGAAACCGGUAUUCCCGACUUGAAGGUGAUCGAAUGCAACAUUCGUGCCUCAAGAUCUUUUCCAUUCGUAUCCAAGGUUCUUGGUUGCAACUUCAUUGACACUGCUGUCAAAGCUUUACUUAAGGAGCCUUUACAGCCAAGAAAUCUCAUGGCUGAGAAGCACAACUAUGUGGCUACAAAAGUUCCUCAGUUCUCUUGGACUCGUCUCGCAGGUGCCGAUCCAUUUUUGGGUGUUGAAAUGUCUUCUACAGGAGAAAUUGCCUGCUUUGGAAAGAAUUUGGUAGAAGCUUAUUGGACAACUAUUCAAGCUACAAUGCACUUCAGACUACCUAUUCCACCGGAAGGAGUUUUAUUUGGAGGAGAUACUAAUGCCGAGUUCUUAGGUACCGUUGCCAAAACCAUCGAACCUUUGGGUUACAAGUUUUAUGCCUCAUCAAAGAAGGUGGCAGAGUAUCUCAAAGAGUACACAACCCAGGAAGUGGAGGUUAUAAACUUCCCUAAGGACAAUAAGAAGGCAGUUAGAGAGAUCUUUGGCAAAUACAACGUUGAAUGUGUGUUCAACUUGGCCAAAUACAGAGCCAAAUCGCUGGACGAUCCCGAUUACAUCAUGAGAAGAAAUGCCAUUGAUUUUAGUAAGACGCUAUUUACAGAGCCUAAGACAUCGAUGCUAUUUGCACAAUGCUUGGUAGAGAAACUACCUCAGAGAAUAGUAGACAGGGCCAAGAGUGAGCUAGUCGUUCCCGAAGAGGUUAAACGGUGGAGUGAGUACUUAGGUGGUAAACCAGUCUAA